CACACAGAAUAUUUGGCAAUGUGCGGCUGAGAGGAGGGCGUAGAGGAGGAGGAGGAGGAGGACAGGAAGGGCUGGGAGGAGAUCAUCAUAUUUUACUCCACUGUACUGAAGAGAAGUUCAUACAACCUAUAAGUGACAGAGACCUGACUGGAUCUCCGAGCGACCGUCACCAUGCAACAGCCCAGCGUGCCCGUCCAGGAGCCCGUGACUACCAGGAGAUUUCAGAAGCUGUUCAUUAGCCACACAGGUGCCACGGGUGAGCAGCUACUGAACCAGGAAAAUACUGUCCUCACCACCGGGGCCGGAGUUCCCAUUGGUGACAAACUUAAUGUCCUUACGGCCGGCCCUCGGGGGCCACUGUUGAUGCAGGAUGUGGUGUUCAUUGAUGAGAUGGCGCAUUUUGGCCGGGAGAGGAUCCCUGAGCGAGUGGUACACGCUAAAGGAGCAGAAUCCCAGCUCAGGGAAGGAAUUAAGGCUCCUGCUAUACUGUGAAGAAGACUGGUAUGUGGGAGAACAUCAGACCUCAGAGCAGCAAUUAACCCAGAGAGAUGAAAGUCUGAGCUUCCAAAUCCAGGCAAUUUACUGCAAAGAAGCUGAACGAAUGUACUGCUCAUCUGCUCAUGUAUUUAUUCCUGCUGUCCUGAAUCUUCCAAUCUUUCUCCCAUUCACUUAAAGUGACCCUGUCCCUAUAGAGAUGCAACUAAACUAAAGCCAGUCUGUAAAACAAAAUGCUGUAUAGGUAUCUUUCCAGUAGCCUGUGUUUUAAAAACCCCUCUGCAUCCCGCCCACUGCAGGUAACCUAAACUUCUGUCAAAUGCUUGCUCCCCCCCACUGUGCACUGUAGUCUCUCCCACCAACUCCUACACCACUGGACAUACACACCAAUGGGAGGAACCACAGAGCAUGGAAGGGGAACAGGUGUUUGACACUCCAAAAAGUGUAGGAUAUCUGCAGCACACAAGGUUCAACAAAACUGUGGAGUUUUAACACACAGGUCAAAGGAAAGGUAAGUAUAAAACAUUUUAUUUUAAAGGCUGGCUUUAACCCCAAAGAGCCAGAUUAACGUUUAGGCUGCUUUCACCAUGAGGUGUCGGCGCUUUACCGUCGUUUUUGAAUGGGCAUCGCGGUUGUCGUUUUUGAAUGAGCGGUGGCGCUUUGCAGGCGGUUUUAACCCUUUGUAUGUGCAGUUGGUAGUUUUUUUUCUUAUAUUUACAGUGCAUCCAGAAAGUAUU